AGCAGCAGCAGCAGACGCGGAUGUUCUAGCGGAGUUGAUCGAUCACCAAAGCCCUUCCGCCUUCCUUUUCCAACAUCAGACGGUGAUUCUACCGCGGUAACUUUGUGUCAUCAUGCCUCAGAAGCGGCGCUCGCAGUCGUGGAUGGAACUCAAACAAGCCGGUAACCAGUGUUUCAGAGCGGGUCAGUAUGGAGAAGCUGUGACCGUCUACAGCCAAUCCAUCCAGCAGCUGGAGAAGUCUGGUCAGAAGGAAAACGAAGAUCUGGCCAUUUUGUACUCCAACAGGGCCGCCAGUUACCUGAAAGACGGAAACUGCAAGGAAUGCAUUAAAGACUGCACAGAGUCUCUUAAAUUGGUUCCUUUUGGAUAUAAAGCUCUGCUUCGCCGGGCAUCAUCUUACGAGGCCUUGGAGAGAUACAGACAUGCUUAUGUGGACUACAAAACUGUUUUACAGAUAGACUGGAACAUACCAGCUGCUCACGAUGGCGUCAACAGAAUGACCAAGGCUUUGGCGAAUAUAGACGGACCAGCUUGGCGAGAGAAACUGCCACCGAUUCCCAGCGUUCCAAUGUCUGUGAAAGAAAGCCGAGCGCAAGCCGCCGGUUCGGCCUCGAGUUUACAACAGAACAGCAUGGUUGACAACACGAAAAAAGCACCAGGACCUGCGGCUGUUAAAAAGGCCAAAGCUCUUAAGGAACAAGGCAAUGCAUUUGUGUGGAAGGGCGAUCACAAGGCAGGUAUGGAGAAGUACACAGAGUCGCUCGGUCAGGACCCCACAGAAGUCACAACCUACACAAACAGGGCUCUUUGCUACCUGUCAUUAAAGAUGUACAAAGAAGCUGUAAGUGACUGUGAUGAGGCUCUUCUAAUGGAUUCUGCCAACAUUAAGGCAUUUUACCGACGUGCCCAGGCAUACAAGGAACUUAAAAACAAGGAGUCUUGUAUUAAAGAUCUCAACAGUGUGCUCAAAAUCGAUCCAAACAACAUAGCAGCACAGAAACUCCUACAGGAAGCACAGAAUAUGAAAUAACUGUGAUUGUAAAGUGGACAUGAGGAAACUUUCCCCAAGUGCCUCAAGUUGAUUUGCUGCUCAAAGCUGCAACGUUUGCUACAGAUUUCUGCUCAUCCUUCAGAUAUGCACGUCAUGAUGUUAUUUAAAAAAAAUAGGAAAUAGUUUGUGUUCAUGUUCAUAUAGGGACAUUUGACUGGGUGUAUCUACUGUCAUUAAUAUAGCAGUCAGGUUUCCUUAUGAAACUCCAAUCUGUUUUUUUUUUU